AUGGCGGUUUUCCAGAUUCAUGCACGGUACGCGUGGAAACAGCGUCCGCAACAUCUGAUGGACAGCAGAGCAGAAAUACAAGUGGGCCGUGUCAGAAUCAAUCCAAAACAGGCCCUCUCCGACCGAAAUUUCCUCCAACAUCCGAUGGACGGCAUGGAUUUCGUUGAUAAAUCCGAUCAUGGACCCCACCGUCAGCCAACGGAAGCUUCAGUGCGUUCGAAAGUUCUGUAUACGCAGUCCGGGAAAAUCAACACUUUCGGGCCGUUUUGCAAUCAGGGGGAGGAUCAGAUUCUCUAUCUGGACCGUCCAAAUUCUGUCCAUGGUUCAGUGGUGUCUGUUGUGGAUCCACAACCCGCAGAGACCAUUGUCGACUAUUGUGCUGCGGCUGGAGGAAAGACUCUAUUCAUGGCAUCACGUUUGAGAGGCCAAGGUAUGGUGUAUGCAAUUGACGUAAACAAGGGCCGCUUAAGAAUUCUCGAAGAGACAGCCAAGUCACACAAUGUCAAUGAUGUCAUCACUGUUGUGCAUGCUAACCUUCCUAUAUUUUCUGAAAAGAUAUCCAAGAAGUUUGAUAAAGUUUUGUUGGAUGCUCCUUGUUCUGGAUUGGGUGUCCUCUCCAAGAGAGCGGACUUACGUUGGAACUGGAGAUUAGAGGAUUUGGAACAGUUGACAAAUUUACAAGAUGAGCUCCUUGAUGCAGCUUCAUUAUUAGUGAAGCCUGGAGGGACACUAGUGAUCCUGAAGAGAAUGAGGAGAGAGUGGCUGCCUUUCUCCUCAAGCAUCCGUAAUGGUUUUCUUGGAUUGGUUGGCUCGUCUUCUCCUUCUUGGGUUCUAGCCUCUUUUCUGGAAUCAUCAUUAUUCAAAGAGUUCACUAUAGAUCUUGCUCAUAGGUACGUCCCACCUGAUUUUGUUACAGACAAAGGGUUCUUCUUCUCCAACCCAGUCAAACAUCAUCUUGAUGGAUCAUUUGCGGCCCGCCUGGUCCAAUCUGUAGACCACAAGAUGAACCCUGGGAAAAGAUAUCCAAGAAGUUUGAUAAAGUUUUGUUGGAUGCUCCUUGUUCUGGAUUGGGUGUCCUCUCCAAGGAAUUCCUUAAACAAGUUCAUAUUUCUCGAAAGAUAAUUAAAUUGGGAUUAUUUUGGAAUUUGGAAAAAAAUUAAAAUAGCCAAUAUUGGUUUGAAUCAUCAAACAGCUGCAAUCAUUGAUAGUAUUGACAUAUAAUAUUAUUUCUUUUUGGGUCAGUAAUUGUUCAUGUGCUUGCUUCUAAGAUGCUUUGAUUGGUAAUGGUAAGUGUUUUACGAACAUGAUUAUUUUCUGCCUUUCCUAAGUCUUAAUGACUAAAUCUUCCUUUCCUAUUCAAUUUGUUGUUUAAGAGAGCGGACUUACAUUGGAACAGGAGAUUAGAGGAUU